AUGAGGAUCGGGACGCUAUGCGUAGAGAUAAGUGUAGUUAGAAAUGCCGUUGAGGCUUCGAAAAGAGGUUUCAUGUGGAGUGUAGAGACUGGAGGAAUCUCAACGAUGAGUGAUGCCCUGCGGCCUGAGUGUGCAAAGUGGUCACAUGAUCCGGCAAAUAGUUUCACCUGGCGCCGGGGUAAGCUACUAGACAGAGCUCUGAUAAUUCUUACAAUCGAGAACUGGGAUAGCUCGAUAACAUUUACAAAUUCACAUACUACGACCCAGCACAAUUACUACUCCACAAUGGGUCGCGGAGGAAACCGAGGCGGACGCGGGCGAGGAGGUGGAAGAGGUCGAGGCCGAGGUGGUGGGGGGAGAGACCGUCGCGGUGAAGACAACAGAGUCAGCUUCGAGAAGGUCCCCAAACACAACGAGCGACUCGAGAGAUACUACAAUACCGUCCUGAAAUUAUCCGCCGAGGAGAGAGGAGAAUUCUGGAAUGCCUACAAGCGCGAGUUGCCCAACAGCUUUCGCUUCGCGGGGUCAAAAGGACAUGCGCUCUCAGUCCAGAAACUUCUAAAGGAAAGAUAUAUCCCCGAAAUCUCCGAGAUCUCCCAUUACGAUGGCACCCUCGUCGAGCCUCCCCUUCCUGUACCCUGGUACCCAGACGAGCUCGCAUGGUGGAUGACCACCCCCAAGAACGUCAUUCGAAAAUUCCCUCCCUUCUCGGCUUUCCAGAAGUUUUUGGUAUCCGAGACCAGUGUUGGAAACAUCAGUAGGCAGGAGGUUGUUAGCAUGAUCCCGCCUUUGGUCAUGGAUCUUCAACCUGGCAUGACAGUGCUCGACAUGUGUGCUGCUCCUGGUAGUAAGGCGGCGCAACUGCUGGAGAUGGUCCAUCGAGGAGAGGAAGCACGCAUGCGCAAGUCUCUUCGGGACUAUGCAAGUAUCGAUGGUCGUGAUGUCAGCCCAGGUGCGGAUGUUAUCGACGAUGCCGAUUUCGAGAUCGAUUCGAGCGACAACGGGAGAGCUACAGGACUGCUGAUCGCCAACGACUCUGACUACAAGCGCAGUCAUAUGUUGAUCCAUCAACUGAAACGCCUCUCUUCUCCCAACUUGAUAGUCACCAACCACGAUGCGACCAUGUUCCCCUCUAUCAAGCUCCCUCCUACUCCGGAGAACCCCGCCCUCAACCGAUAUCUCAAAUUCGACCGAAUCCUGGCAGAUGUGCCAUGCUCCGGAGAUGGGACUUUGAGAAAGAACGUCAAUCUCUGGCAAGAUUGGGGACCAGGAAAUGCCCUUGGUCUUUACGUCACCCAGGUCCGAAUCUUGGUCCGAGCUUUGCAGAUGUUGAAGCCCGGUGGACGUGUGGUCUACUCUACCUGCAGUAUGAACCCUGUCGAGAACGAAGCAGUUGUAGCUUCUGCCAUUGAGCGCUGCGGUGGUCUUGAGAAGGUCCAACUUCUUCCAAGCCACGAACAGCUUCCCUCGUUGAAGAGGCGCGAAGGUCUGGAUAGCUGGAGCGUUAUGGAUAAGAGCGGCCAAGUCUGGUACUCUUGGGAGAAUGUCCAGAAAUACAACGAGGAGCAGGGCGCAACCGCCGCUACCGAGAAGCUCGUCGAGGGAAUGUUCACGCCUGUUGGUUCCGCGAUCCCCUUCGACAGAUGCAUGAGAGUCUACCCUCAUCUCCAGGAUACCGGUGGAUUCUUUAUUGCUGUGCUAGAAAAGCAGACUGAAUUCAAGGCUAAGCCUGAGUCCGAGUCGAAGAAGAUUGAGGCGAAGCCCCCCAUCACGGCGAUUGUUGAUGAGAUCAUGGCUCAGCCAACACCUCCUGAAGGGGGCUCUGUUGCGCCAAAGAUCGAAGCCGCUGAUGCGCUUACGCAUCCCUCUGUCAACACCCAAGAUAGCGAGCCCACGCCCGUUGCUCGCCAAAAUCAAUCCAACCCAGAGCCGGAUAGCAAUGUCCUCAAGCGCCCUGCCGAGGACGAUGCGAUGAUAGACGGAGUUAUCGGGACCAAGAAGCUGAAAACUAAAGAGGACCUGGAUGAGCCUGCCGAGCCAGGAUUCGAGAACAGAGACGUCCACGGAUCUGGACCGCCAGGGGCGAUGCUAGAUGCCACCACCAGACCUGGUGACAUGAGAUCGGAUGCAGCACCCCCUCGCCGUGUGCAGAACCGAGCCGGUCAGCAAUUCGAAGAGCCUUUCAAAUACAUUCCAACCGAUCACCCUGAAGUAUUGGCAGUAGAGAAAUUCUACCACCUGUCCCCCCGCUUCCCCAAAGAUCGCUUCCUGGUUCGCAAUGUAGCGGGCGAGCCUGCUAAAACCAUCUACUACACAUCCGCCCUUAUCCGCGAUAUUCUCACCGAGAACGAAGGCAAGGGCAUCAAGUUCAUCCAUGGGGGUGUCAAGAUGUUCAUGAAGCAAGAUGUCCAAGCUGAAGGUGUCUGCAAGUGGCGUAUUCAGUCCGAGGGAAUGCCGAUCCUGGAAGGCUACGUUGGGGAGGAGCGAGUCGUCCGCUUGUACAAAAAAGAAACUCUUCGUUCGUUGUUAAUUGAGAUGUUUCCGAAGGUGUCUGAUGGAGCGUGGAAGAACCUCGGCGAAAUCGGAGAGCGUGUCAGAGACAUCGGCAUGGGAUGUUGUGUGCUACGAAUCGAGCCUAGUAAUGAGCCAGAUGGAUUAUCAGACCGCAUCGCCCUUCCUCUGUGGCGCAGUCUCCACUCCCUCAACCUCAUGCUUGCUAAGGAAGAUCGCACCGCGAUGCUUCUCCGCAUCUUUAACGACACCACUCCGCUAGUGAACAACAACAUCCCGGCCAAGAAAGAUAAGGACGGAUCCGAUGUCGCCCUCGGCUUCAUAGUCGAAGACGACGAGACCAAGGUGGACACAUCCUCGGCGAUUGAAUCCGCAGCCCCAGUGAACGAUACCAACAUUGCUGGUGGCGUCAAGCCGGGUCCCUACGGAGCCAUUGUUGCGGACCCGCACCAGGCGGGCCUCCCGGACGUCAAGGCGGCAAAGAUUGAGAAGGGAGAGGAAACAGGCGGCCCGGAACAGCAGCUGAACGGCACGGGAGGCGUUGAAGAGCAACUGGGUGGGUUCUGA